AUGGCGGAGCUGCGGGAGCUGCUGCGGGCGCGCUUCGGGCGGCGCUUUGCGGACGCCCUGCUGCGCGCUUUGCCUCCCUCGCCCCACGGACUGCCCACGGGACGCGGCUCUGACGGUGCACCCCACGCUGGUGACGCGGGCCGAGGGCGGGUGGGCGACGUGCCGCGUGGGAGAGCAGGGCGCGCCCUCCAGCGAGGCCGACGGGCUGGUGCUGCAGUGCUGCCGCGCCGCGGCCGACUUCGUGGUCACCACCGGGGAGGAACUGCCGGCGGGAGCCGGGCCUGCUGGCCUCCGUGCAGGGCCGGCACGCGGCGGCCCUCCGGCGCUGGCGGGCAGAGCUGCGGGCCCCGCGCCGGGGCGAGGAGCCCCGGCCGGUGCUCCUCACGCGGAGCCUGCCCCGGCUGCUCGCCCCAUGCCCGCCAUACUGUGCGGCCGGGCAUCUUCAUCGGCGGCGGGGGCCCGCCGCUGGUCUUCACGCCCGCGGGGGCGGCGGCGGCGGCCAGGGCCGCGCUCCGGGGGCAGGCGCGGUGCGAGGCGGAGGUCGUGGCGCUCCCGGCCGCGAGACUCAGCCUGAGCUCUGUCCUGCGGCACCUCCGAGUGGAAGCCCCGGGCGCUGCCGUGAGCGUCGAGGCGGGGCCCUCUUCCACGAGAGGGCUCUACGGGCGCGGGUGCCGUGACGUGGGGGUGCUGCUGGUGACGGAGUACCAGCCCGCUGCGGAAGCUGUGCGCGGUCCGCCGGCUCGCCCUCCUCCGGUCUGCCAGACGCUGCUGCCGAGGGCCGACAUGGAGGCGGCGUACGAGCUGGUCGCCGCCGCCUCCCUCGCUGGCGGCGCCGUGCCAGGUGCCCCUGCCGAGGCGGCGAGUCCGGGCACCUGGACCUUCAAGGUCUUCUGCCGGAGCGCGGCCACUUCCUCCGAGUGA